AUGCCACCUCCAAAUACCCCCGCAUCCGACUCGUCAAGCUCAGGCGGAGCUCCCCCGGGCGCCGUGAACAUUGCAUCUCUCUCCGUGCCUCAACUCCGCGCCCUCCAAACCCGCCUCACCUCGGAGCUUGAGCACCUGACCUCCUCGCACCAGAAACUGCGCGCCGCACAAUCCAGAUUCCGUGAUUGCGUGCGGUCCAUCAAUGAUGGGGUCGUGGGGUCGGAGAAGAAGGGAACAGCUGAGAAGGAUGAUAUACUGGUUCCUCUGACGAGCUCUCUGUAUGUGAGGGGUAAGCUCGCGGAUCGAGAGAAGGUGCUUGUUGAUGUUGGGACGGGCUUUUAUGUUGAGAAGACGGCACCGAAGGCCAUUGAGUUCUACGAAGAAAAGGUCAAGGGUUUGGAAACCAAUUGUGUCGAGCUAGAGAAGAUUGUACAGACUAAGAGUGCUCAACUGAGACUAUUUGAAGAUGCUCUGAGACAGAAGAUGCUAAGCGGCGAAGCUGUCCCAUCUUCAACCGCAGCUGCAGGUGCAGGCUAA